AUGGCCGACGCAUGGGCACAGAGAGCCAAGGUUGCGGAGGCCAUUGAGCCCGUCCAGCCCCCAUCAGUAUCCGCCCAGCCCCCGGUCAUGCUCGCCGACUACAUCUCUUCCAUGCAGGCCAAGACCUUCUCCAAGAUGUCCGGCAUUGAGCUCGCAGACAUGCAGAUUCCAGAGACCUCUAUAGCGGACACCACUUUGUGGACCGCGUCGAGGAAUUUGGACCAGUUGGUGGACUUCAUAUCCAAGAUGCUUCCCACUCUCCGUAUUCGCUUGUCCCAGAAGCCCAAGAACAAUGGAGCACCCACCCUUCUUUUCAUCGCUGGAGCGGCCCUUCGGGUGGCGGAUAUUACCAGAAUACUCAAGGAUAAACGGCUGAGGGGAGAAAAGGGUGGCGACGUCGCCAAGCUCUUCGCCCGGCACUUCAAGCUCGAAGAGCACGUCGCAUACCUGAAGAGAACCAAGCUUGCAGCCGCGGUGGGCACACCAGAUCGCAUAGGCAAACUGCUGUGCGACACUGAUGCUCUCGCCACUUCCGCUCUCACUCACAUCAUCCUUGACGUCUCCCAUCGGGACAUCAAGAAACGUUCGCUUUUGGACAUUCCUGAGACUCGAGAUUCGGUCUUCCGGACAGUGCUCGGAGCGCCAAAGGUCUUCAACGGCUUGCGGCAAGGGACAAUCCAGUUAGUAUUACUGUAG